GCUGGUGCGAGAGUUCGUGGCUCAGAACAACACGUCUCAAAUCAAACACGUGAUCCAGAUCCUGUCGCAGGAGUUUGCGCUCUCCCAGCACCCCCACAGCCGGAAAGGGGGACUCAUUGGCCUGGCUGCUUGUUCCAUCGCCCUGGGCAAGGACUCUGGGCUCUACCUGAAGGAGCUGAUUGAGCCGGUGCUGACGUGUUUCAAUGACGCCGAUAGUCGGCUGCGGUACUACGCUUGCGAGGCUCUCUAUAACAUCGUCAAGGUGGCCAGGGGCUCUGUCCUCCCACACUUCAACGUGCUCUUCGAUGGCCUCAGCAAGCUGGCUGCUGAUCCCGAUCCGAACGUCAAAAGCGGCUCUGAACUCCUCGAUCGGCUUCUCAAGGAUAUCGUGACAGAGAGCAACCAGUUUGACUUGGUAGGCUUCAUCCCACUGCUGCGUGAGAGAAUUUACUCCAACAACCAGUAUGCCCGCCAGUUCAUCAUAUCCUGGAUCCUGGUCUUAGAGUCUGUGCCUGACAUCAACCUCUUGGAUUACCUGCCAGAAAUCCUGGAUGGGCUCUUCCAGAUCCUGGGAGAUAACAGCAAGGAGAUACGGAAAAUGUGCGAGGUGGCUCUCGGGGAGUUCCUCAAGGAGAUCAAGAAGAAUCCCUCCAGCGUCAAGUUUGCAGAAAUGGCCAAUAUCCUGGUGAUCCACUGCCAGGCGGCGGAUGACCUGAUCCAGCUGACAGCCAUGUGCUGGAUGAGGGAGUUCAUCCAGCUGGCUGGCCGGGUGAUGCUGCCUUACUCCUCAGGGAUCCUGACCGCUGUCCUGCCAUGUCUCUCCUACGAUGAUCGCAAGAAGAACAUCAAGGAGGUGGCGAACGUGUGCAACCAGAGCCUGAUGAAACUGGUCAUCCCAGAGGACGAUGAAAUGGAUGAGGCCAAGCAGUCAAUGACCCUACUAGCAGAGCCCACCUCGGAGGAGUCUCUCUCCAAGCCAGAAGCAGCAUCCAGUGACUCUCUGGAUGCGUCCGGUGACUCCAACUUCAGCAACAGCAGCGUCUUCACGGUAACCAGCUGCGAGAGGAUCCAGGUGACCCUGAACCUGGAUGGAAUAGUUCAGGUGCUGGACUGCCACCUUCAUGACACUUCCAUUGGGAUGAUGACCAGAAUUGCAGUCCUGAAGUGGCUCUACCACUUGUACAUCAAGACUCCUCGUAAGAUGUUCCGACACACCGACAGCCUCUUCCCCAUCUUACUGCGGACCCUCUCAGAUGAGUCGGAUGAGGUUAUCCUGAAGGACCUGGAAGUACUGGCCGAGAUCGCUUCUUCCCCAGCGGGACAGACAGAAGGUCAUGGUCCCUCCGACGGCUCCGACGUGCGACCUGGCCCUGUGGAGCUUCACGUCCCGGCCAGGGCCGGCCAGCUGAGUGCCUCCGGUACGAAAGGCUUGGAGUGCUCACCCUCCACCCCUACCAUGAACUCCUACUUCUACAAGUUCAUGAUCAACUUGCUCAAGCGCUUCAGCAGCGAACGGAAACUCCUGGAGACCAGAGGAGCCUUCAUCAUCAGGCAGCUUUGUCUACUCCUGAACGCAGAAAACAUCUUCCACUCCAUGGCAGACAUCCUGCUUCGGGAAGAGGACCUCAAGUUUGCCUCUACCAUGGUCCACACCCUGAACACCAUCCUGCUCACAUCCUCUGAGCUCUUCCACUGCCUGUACCGCUCCUGGUGUCACAACCCCGUCACGACCGUGUCCCUCUGCUUCCUUACCCAGAACUACAAACACGCCUACGACCUCAUCCAGAAAUUCGGGGAUCUGGAGGUCACCGUGGAUUUCCUCACCGAGGUGGACAAACUGGUACAGCUCAUUGAGUGCCCCAUAUUCACGU